CCUGGGGGCCCGCGGUGCGCGCCCGCCCUGCGGACAGCGCUCCGGAGGGGUCGCGGCAGGAGGGCCCGCUGCCCGGGGUGCCGCCCUGCCUGCCAGCACCGGUUUUGUCCGAGAGCUGCCCCAGACGGCUCCCGGCUGGCGCGGCGGAGCGGGGCCGCGGCUCGCAGCGCUGCCCUGUCCGCGGGGAACGCGGCGCUGCCCGGCUGAGGCUGUGCGUGAGCCCAGGGCGGGCGCCCAGGCGGGUGGGCACGGGUGGUACUGAUGCUCAGGCUUAUUUAGUGUAGGGCAAGAGGUAUGGCAGCACUCGGAGUAAAAAUAAGAGUGCUAUAUCGUCUGUUUUACAGCUAUUAUGGUUGUCCUGGAUUUAUGUUUUCUGUUGCUAUAGCUGAGGACACCUCAUUUGGAUAAUUAAAUGUCACGGUGAAAUAGGAGAAUGAGGGGAGGAAAGGACUCGUCUCCUGUCUCUGCCGCAGGGAUGUGCCACCUCUUCUGACGGCAGUGGGCAGCCCCUCUCUGUCCAGGCUAGUGCCAGGAUCUGCCCCACUCAUCCCAGCUUCGUGUUUAGCUUUAGCUGAAAGGAAAAAAAGAGGUGCUUUUUGCUUUUCAUGCCUCUACUACGAGACGUGUGUGAACAACCUGAUUGUAAAUAGGGACAGAUUCUGCAUCCCACAUGAGCUACGAUAAUCCUCCACCGUACCCCGGCCCGGGCCCGACUGCCCCGUACCCACCCUAUGCACAGCAGCCAGGGGGCCCCCCCGGCCCCUACCCUGGCUAUCCCCCCGGGCCCUACCAGCCAGGCCAGCCAGGCUACCAAGGAUAUCCCCAGUAUGGAUGGCAGAACGCACCUCCACCACCGCCAGGACCCGUGUACGCAGAUGGGCCGAAAAACACAGUGUACGUCGUGGAGGAGCGGCGGAGGGACGACACGGGCGAGAGCGCCUGCCUGACGGCGUGCUGGACCGCGCUCUGCUGCUGCUGCCUCUGGGACAUGCUGACCUGACCGCUGCCGCCCCGCCGCUCGCCGAGCGCUAUGCAGGCUCCCCACUCCUGUCCCGACCUCUUUCUGUUACUGUAAUCAACGCUCUGCUUUGCACAGCCAAGAGUUCCCGUCUGUCCGUCCUAGCGCCUUGUCGGGGUGGGGAGUGCACUCCUUUAUUUUAGUAAAGGAAAAAAAAAAUCCCUUUUUAACAUUUCUAAGACUUUUGUUGUAACUUUGAAGAAUGUGCUAAUGGUGUAUUUCAGCCAAGGGCAUUCUGAUGAAAUGUAUAUUUACCAGUUGAGAUUUUCCUAGCCCUAGAGACGAACACGUAUGCAAUAAUUAAAGCCAACAGUUGAUUUUUCUUCACUAGG